AUGCCCUCCCGGCGACACGUAGCCACGCUCGUGGCACUAUCCGUUUUGGUCAUCUUCUUCUUCACCUUCUUCCGCACCCAGCAGCUCGGUACGCGAGACAUCGACUACCGUACCACCGCCGCUAUACCUCUCCAAGAUCCACUUUCCUCCCAUGCCAUCGCACCCAAGCUGGGGAAUGAAACGGCCAAAGCCGAGCUGGGCCGGGCAACAUGGAAAUACCUGCAUACAGUCAUGGCCCGCUUUCCCGACAAGCCAACAGAAGAUGAGAGUACCGCGCUGCGGACGUUUAUCCAUCUCUUCCAGCGCCUAUAUCCCUGUGGGGAAUGUGCAGAGCAUUUUGGGGCCAUCAUCAAGAAGUUCCCACCUCAAGUGAGCUCGCGAUCAGCAGCUGCAGUGUGGGCUUGCCAUGUGCAUAAUGAGGUCAACAAGAGUCUCAAGAAGGACAUAUUCGACUGCGCGAAUAUCGGUGACUUCUACGACUGCGGUUGUGCGGAAGACGAGGGGAAGGGCAAGAAAGACGGCGAGAAGACGAAGCGCAGCGCUUGA